UAACAGUCUUCCGAGUUUAGAGAAAAGAAAAGGCAGAAGACUGAAACCUGAGCAGUAAACUGGAGCUGCUGCGAGCAGACAUGGACUCGAACAGGAAGCUGCGGAUUGGCUGGCAGGAAGAUAAAAACUACCUCUCCUACGUUUGCAUUUCUUUCUUUAGCAGAUAAAAACAGAAAAACGAGCCUCAUUAAUCUAACUUCUCUGAGUCUGAACUUUGUGUUCAGCUCGUCAGCCACCAGCAGCUGGUUUUCAUUACUUUUAAUUCCUUCCUUCCUCAAACUGUUGCAUAACUCCUCAAGGUGACGGUUAGGGCGGGACUUCCGCCCGAGCACUCAAACAGGGAAGUCGUCGUGUUACUUUCCUUCAGCGUCACGGUCGGUCCUGCUCCGUGGGAAAAAACACGCUAACUCGGCGGCUGUAAGUUGCUCCAGCGGGAGGAAAUCCGACGGGGGCGAGGUCCGCGCCACCUCCCGCCGCCGCGGGGUUCACCUGAGCCCGGCUGUCAACGGGGGAAUGAGCCGGCAGGAGGCGGAGGGCGCUCCGGCAGGCUAAAAAAAGAAAAACAACCUUCACCUUCUGCUGGAACAACUGACCUUUGACCUGGACGGUUGUCAUCAAAGGUGAAACGGGAACCAAAAAACCAGGGAUAAUUACUCCAGGAUGGUUGGGCUGUAAUCCUGAAAACAUGCUGGAUUUCUUCCCCCUGGCGCCGCCAGCUGCACCCUGAGCCGGACACAUCUGGGAACAUGACUCUGUGAUGAAACGGGACGAAGACGGACCCUCCCAGAUCCCGUUCCUUUUGUCUGCAACCAGGACACUGCCUACUCGGAGCCAAGCUCUUCCCAGAUCCCGGAGCCAUGUUCCGGAAAAGAAGCUCUCUCAUUCUAUGUGGGACGUUCCUGUUUGUCACCUGGAACGCCGUGCUGGUGCUGCUGCUCUGGGGCAGAACGUCCCCGGGCCAGCCGGGUGCCGGGCAGCUGGAUCCGGCCUCCAUGCCCACCGAUGACGUGGUGGGAGACGUGAUCCGCGUCGCAGAUUCCUUCGAAUUGGAGCUGGAAAAGCAGAAGGAGAUCCUGUCCCAGAUCCUGAGCCACCGGUCGCUGUGGAAGCCGGCCAAAAGAAAGAGGGUGAAGGUCAACGUUCCCAGUCCGCCGGUCAUUCCCAUCCUGGUGAUCGCCUGUAACCGGGUCACAGUGAGGCGCUGCCUGGACAAGCUGCUGGAGCUGCGGCCCUCCGCCGAGCUCCAUCCCAUCAUAGUGAGCCAGGACUGCGGGCACACCGCCACUGCCGAUGUCAUCGCCUCCUACGGGGACAAACUCACUCACCUGAAGCAGCCGGACCUGUCCGACAUUCCCGUACGGCCCGAGCACAAGAAGUUCCAGGGUUACUAUAAGAUCUCCAGACACUACCGCUGGGCUCUGAACCAGGUCUUCCGGACCCUUUCUCACUCCUCCGUGGUGAUCGUGGAGGACGACCUGGAGGUGGCGCCAGACUUCUUUGAGUAUUUCCGGGCCCUGCACCCAGUGCUGCAGUCGGACCCCAGCCUGUGGUGCGUGUCGGCCUGGAACGACAACGGUCGGGACGGGAUGGUGGACCCCGGCCAGCCGGCGCUCCUCUACCGUACCGACUUCUUCCCGGGCCUGGGCUGGAUGCUGCUCCGGGAGGCCUGGGAGGAGCUGGAGCCCAAGUGGCCCGCCUCCUUCUGGGACGACUGGAUGCGGCAGCCGGAGCAGCGGCGGGGCCGUGCCUGCAUCCGGCCUGAGAUCUCCCGCACGCUGACAUUUGGCCGGCAGGGCGUCAGCCUGGGCCAGUUCUACGACAAAUACCUGAAGUUCAUCAAACUGAACUCCAAGUUUGUGCCUUUCACCAAGCUGGACCUGGCUUACCUGCAGGAGGAUGCGUACCGGACCAGCUUCACCAAGCAGGUGUACAGCGCCGCCGUGGUAACGUAUGAAGACGUGAAGCAGGGCCGGCUGAGCGGCUCCGGACCGUUCCGGCUCCAGUACUCCAGCAAGGACAGUUUCAAGGUCAUGGCCAAGAGUCUGGGCAUCAUGGACGACUUGAAGUCCGGCGUGCCACGGACCGGAUACCGAGGUGUGGUCAGCUUCUUCUACAGGGGGCGGAGGAUCUACCUGGCCCCGCCUCCUGGGUGGAGUCAGUACGAUCCCACCUGGAGCUGAGGAUCCGCAGAGCGUCUGACACAUUCCACACCAAAGAGAAACAGGAUUCCUCCUGUUUGCCUUUACAGAUGCUGGAUGUUUAGGAGGUUCAGCCAACACUACUCAGGUUUCCCUGCAUCGCACAGCAGAUCUGCUGUAAAUCACCAGAGCUCUAUUUUUCUAUGAUUCUGAUUGUGCACAUUGCAGCCACACAUUUAAUGCAUCAGCCCAGUUUGCCUUAUUGUCUUUAAAUUAUUGGAGUUGGUAUGAGUUAAUCCUGAGAAGGAAGCUGGUUCAUCUAAUCUGUGAUUCUGUCUGCUGAUGACUGCGAUGAAACUAAAUUCUGUUCUUCCUGCUCACAUUUUGUCAGAUGAUUUUGUUUGGAAUAUUUGUUGCCUUGGAAUCACUGUGGGGAUUUGUAUGUUUAUUUUUCUUUUUUUAAUAAAAACAAAAUUAAUGCAGA